AUGGCCUCAUCAUCUAAGCCCACGAGCUUUCUGCUCUACUCCUGCAUCGCGCAUCGCACAACAAUUCUCGCCGAACACUCUGCCCCAGGCUCCUCCACAACAGCUGCCUCGUCUCUCGCCUCAAUCAUUCUCCCCAAAAUCAGCCAUGAACAGUCUCAAAAACUCACGUAUACCCACGAGCGCCUGUUCGUGCACUACAUCUCCGACUCCCCCUCCGGCCCAGCAGACUCCUCAACCUCCGAACCCUCCUCCUACGCCCCCCUAAGCUACAUCGUCGUCGCAACAGCCGAACAAGGCCGGCGCAUUCCCUUCGCCUUCCUCCUCGAAAUGAAGCGCCGCUUUCUCUCAACCUACCCCCCCACAGCCACAGACUUCGCCAGCUUACCGGCAUACGGCUGUGCGGCGUUCAACAAUGAGCUCCGCGGUCUUCUACAGACGUUCAACACGGCGCCGCCGGCAGAUUCGCUAGCCUCUGCUAGGAAGGAGAUCGAUAGUGUGCGGGAUAUCAUGACGGAGAAUAUUGAGAGGGUGCUGGAGCGCGGGGAGAGGAUUGAUUUGCUGGUUGAUAAGACGGAUCGGCUGGGUGGGAGUGCGCAUGAGUUUCGGUUGCGGAGUCGCGGGCUGCGCAGGAGCAUGUGGUGGAAGAAUACGAAGCUCAUGGUGCUCCUGGGGGUGGUUGUCGUUUUCCUAAUCUAUCUUUUUGUGGGGAUGUUAUGUGGGUUGCCGGGCUGGGGGAGCUGCGUUGGUCGAUGA